AUAAGCCCAGCCCAAAUAACCCCCUUCAACUUCAACUCAAAUUCUCAAAAUAAUUUAUUUUUUAAAAGAAAAAGGAAAAGCCAUUGCUGCGGUAAAUUAAAGCUCAACAAUUGCUCAUUUGCACUUUCAAUCUGAACUUUGUACUACUAAUCACAAAGAUCGCAAACAUAAUAGGAGCACAAGCCGAUUGAGUUGAUUUUGAGUUAAUUCAAAAAAAAUGGAUCCAGAUGCAGUGAAAUCAACUUUCUCUAAUUUAGCUAUGGGCAAUGUCAUGGCUGCUGCUGCUCGCAAUCUUCAGAAGGAAAUGAUAGUUCAAGAGAAGACACAGGCUUCAAGUUCAGCUAAUGACGAGAUUGAUCUUGAUGAGUUGAUGGAUGACCCAGAGCUAGAGAGAUUACAUGCUGAGAGAAUUGCAGCACUACAGAAAGAAGCUGAGAAGCGACAAGAAAUGAAGAAACAGGGCCAUGGAGAAUAUAGAGACAUAACUGAAGGGGAUUUUUUGGGUGAAGUUACUGCGAGCGAACUAGUUAUCUGCCAUUUCUACCAUCGGGAGUUCUAUCGAUGCAAGAUAAUGGAUAAGCAUUUGAAGGCACUUGCACCCAAGUACCUUGAUACCAAGUUUUUAAAACUGGAUGCGGAGAAUGCCCCCUUCUUCAUAUCCAAGCUUGGAAUCAAAACUUUGCCAUGCGUUAUACUAUUCAGGAAAGGAAUAGCAGGUGAUAGACUAGUUGGGUUUCAAGAUGUAGGUGGAAAAGACGAUUUCCCUACGAGGAGACUGGAAAAUCUGUUGAUCAAGAAAGGUAUGAUCAAGGAUAAGGAAAAAGAAGACGAGGAGGAUUAUUCUGAAAGUAAACGCACGUCUGUCAGAUCAUCAUUGAACCUUGGUUCAGAUUCUGAUGAAGAAUAGAAGGAAAGAGAGCAACCUUUUCUCCCUCUGUAUUAUGUACUGAUUAUCAAGUCCUUGUGAUUUUACUAUGGUAAAUUGGCAAUAUUCCGUGUUGCGUUGCUGUUGAUAUGUUCUGGAAAUCAACUUCAAAUCAUAAAUACCAAGAAUUUUUUUUAGUUUA